AUGGCAGCAAUUGAUUCACAGCCUCGUUAUAUCUAUAAGAUUGUCCCCUCAUCUGCCCCGGUCAGCGAGCCACUCCCUGAGCGGUUACCCGUCAGCCAACUAGACGAAGAUUCGGGAUUCGUCCACCUUUCGGGAGGUUCCCAAGUCGCCAACACCCUUAAAAUUUUCUUCAAAGAGGAACCACUGGUUUAUAUUUUACGUAUCGUUUAUGAGCGUGUGGCGCAGGAUAUUCGCUGGGAAUCCCCUGACGGGAAAGUGUGCGGUCCACGGCCCGGAGAAGGCUUGUUUCCUCACCUAUACAAUGGCUUGAAGCUGGGAAAGGAAGAAGUCGAGAGUAUUGCAGUCUGGCAAAAUGAAGAUGGGUGGGACAAGGCCAUUGCUGGAGCUGAAGCAUGGCUCCUGUAG